AACAAAAGGAAGAAGGGGCAAAAUUUCAAUAGGAAAGUAGUUGUGUCUGUGCAAAUAGACACAGAAGAAAAGUUACAACCUUUUUUAGUGAAGUGUACACCUACUUUACACUUUUCUUCUGUGUCUACUUGCACAGAUACAAAAGAUCAAAAUGGCUUUAUUAAAGUUAUCAAUCUUGCUAUGUACAAUGCUAUUCGGUUCUUCUCUUUCAAGAGCUGCUUCUCCUAACAACAUAUUCAUCCUAGCUGGUCAGAGCAAUAUGGCUGGGCGAGGUGGGGUUGAGAAUAAUCAAGUGAGAGAGCUUGAGUGGGAUGGGUUAAUUCCACCAGAAUGUCAAUCAGACCCAUCGAUCCUACGAUUAAACCCUGCACUCCAAUGGGAGAUUGCACGAGAGCCUCUACAUGAGGGAAUCGACAUCAACAAAACGGUUGGGAUUGGUCCAGGAAUGCCAUUUGCUCACCAGUUGUUAACAAAAGUAGGGCCAAGAGCAGGCACAGUGGGUUUAGUUCCUUGUGCUAGAGGUGGCACCAUAAUUGAACAAUGGAUUAAAAAUCCUAGCAAUCCUGAUGCAACAUUUUACAAAAAUUUCAUUGAACGAAUCAAAGCAUCUGAUAAAGAAGGUGGGGUUGUGCGUGCUCUUUUCUGGUUUCAAGGGGAGAGUGAUGCAGCUAUGAGUGACACUGCCAAUAGAUACAAAGACAACCUAAAGAAUUUCUUCACCGACAUCCGCAAUGAUAUAAAGCCUAGAUUUUUACCCAUCAUUCUUGUUAAAAUAGCCCUCUAUGACUUUAUGAUGAAGCAUGAUACUCAUGAUUUGCCGGCAGUGAGAGCAGCACAAGAUGCAGUCAGUAAAGAACUACCAGAUAUAGUGACCAUCGAUGCCUUGAAAUUACCUAUAAACGUUGACACACAUGAAGGUUUUAACCAAGAUCAUGGUCAUUUUAAUACUACAACGCAAAUUACUUUGGGUAAAUGGUUGGCUGAUACCUACCUCUCCCACUAUGGUCAUUUACUCUAGUUAUAUAAUUUAUCAUUUUCUAAUCUCUAUUAAAUUGCUUAUCUAUCCGAAUAAAACAUCAUUCACCUCUCUCUUUCUUUAAAUCCCUUCUUUAUUGAAUCUCAAUUUAAUAAAUA